GCCGCCGCCCCUCCGCCAGGCCCCGGAGCUCCGCGCCGCGCCGAGCGGCCCUGCCUCGUCCCCCGGCGCUCUCUGCUGAACCACGGGGCCCUGUGCAUGAAUUAUGUCUGCCACAAGCGUUGACCCUCAGAGACCGAAAGGACAGGAUAAUAAAGUACAAAAUGGUUCAUUACAUCAGAAGGACACAGUUCAUGACAACGAUUUUGAACCUUACCUUUCCGGGCAGUCAAAUCAGAACAGUAGCUAUCCAUCAAUGACUGAUCCUUAUCUGUCCAGUUAUUAUCCACCAUCUAUUGGGUUUCCCUAUUCUCUCAGUGAAGCACCAUGGUCUACAGGAGGAGAUCCUCCUAUCCCUUAUCUCACCACCUAUGGACAGCUCAGUAAUGGGGAUCAUCAUUUUAUGCACGAUGCCGUUUUUGGACAGCCUGGGGGUCUGGGAAAUAAUAUCUAUCAACACCGCUUUAACUUCUUCCCCGAAAAUCCUGCCUUCUCAGCUUGGGGAACAAGCGGCUCCCAAGGACAGCAGACACAAAGCUCAGCAUAUGGGAGCAGUUACAGCUACCCACCCAGUUCUCUGGGGGGUACCAUUGUGGAUGGACAAACAGGAUUUCAUAAUGAUACAUUAAAUAAAGCUCCUGGAAUGAACAGUAUUGAACAGGGAAUGGUUGGACUUAAGAUUGGUGGAGAUGUUACGACUUCUGCAGUGAAAACAGUAGGUUCUGUUGUUAACAGUGCCGGGAUGACAGGAGCCCUCUCUGGGAAUGGUGGAUCUAAUGUAAACUUGCCAGUAUCUAAACCAACCUCUUGGGCUGCUAUUGCCAGCAAGCCUGCAAAACCACAGCCUAAAAUGAAAACAAAAUCUGGACCUGUAAUCGGAGGAGCGUUGCCUCCACCCCCUAUAAAGCAUAAUAUGGACAUAGGUACUUGGGACAAUAAGGGUCCUGUGGCAAAAGUUCCUGCUCCCCAACAGAUACCUUCUCCUCAGUCUGUUCCACAGCCACAGCAACCAAUUGUUCAGCCUGUUCCAGCUCAGCCUCCUCCAUUGACUCAGCCACAGUAUCAGACCCCUCAGCAGCCGCCCCAAAACCGCUGGGUAGCUCCUCGCAACAGAAAUGCAGCUUUUGGCCAAAGUGGAGGAACUGGGAACGACACCAACUCAGCUGGCAGCACCCAGCCCAACCCCGUUCCGAGCGGGGAGUCCCAUCCUGUCCUUGAAAAACUGAAAGCUGCUCACAGCUAUAACCCUAAAGAUUUCGAAUGGAACCUUAAAAAUGGACGUGUGUUCAUAAUAAAGAGCUAUUCCGAGGAUGAUAUUCAUCGUUCCAUUAAAUAUUCUAUUUGGUGUAGUACGGAACACGGCAACAAACGCCUGGACAGCGCUUUUCGCUCCAUGAACAGCAAGGGCCCCGUGUACUUGCUGUUCAGUGUCAAUGGCAGUGGACACUUCUGUGGAGUAGCAGAGAUGAAAUCACCUGUGGACUAUGGCACCAGUGCGGGUGUCUGGUCUCAGGACAAGUGGAAGGGGAAAUUUGAUGUCAAGUGGAUCUUUGUGAAGGAUGUGCCCAACAACCAACUGAGACACAUCAGGCUGGAGAACAAUGACAACAAACCCGUUACAAACUCCCGUGAUACACAGGAGGUGCCCUUAGAAAAAGCAAAACAAGUGCUUAAAAUUAUUGCUACUUACAAGCACACGACCUCCAUCUUUGAUGACUUUUCUCAUUAUGAAAAGCGCCAGGAAGAGGAGGAGGUGGUGCGGAAGGUAAACUUAUUAAAAAAUUUAUUUUAUACACAGAUAUGGGGAAAAUGAAAUGUGAAGGCUGCUAUGGUGGAAAAAUGUAAGUAGGAAUUCAAAAUGUUUUUAAUACAUCUCAACUUGAUGGUUUCUUUGUGUUUAACAACACAACUGAUGCAUAUUUCUUUGUGAGAGUUUCACAAGUCAAUGAAUUUCAAAGCAGAAAGCUAAGCAGUAAUGCGGGUAAAGGACUUUAUGUCCAGUUUAUUGGAGUUUGAUUUAUUUUUUUAUCUUAAAAUGGUUAAUAGAAAAUAGUUUCUGUUUCAGAAUUGGGUUCUGCCAGUGAUUGUCACUUAAGUUUUUUUGCCUUAAAUAUGAGGUGUUUAAACACUGUUUGACUGGAACUGGGCUAUCAAAAUUGAUACCUGUACUGGUAUUUGAAAUUUGUACAUCACCUUUAAGAAUAAGAAACCUGAUUUUGUUUAUUCAGUUUAUCUCUCUGGAAAAGAAAGAGUUGCAUAAUAUUGCUGGAAUAGUGCUAGAAAGAGUGCAUUUAUGCUGCUGAAGUCACGUGUAUUAUUUGGAUAAAUAAAGGUUUUCAGUUCCCAGGUUUAAUCUGUCUACUAAUUCUUGAAGUUUUGAGUGAAGAUGUAGUGAGAGAAGUCUGGGCAGUAACUGGGAGAGUGUAAUAAAACUUUCCAUACACUUUCAUGGCUCUAAGUCUGCCACAAGGGAUCUCUGUCCCUAUCCAUCCCAAUACCUCAGUUUCAAGAAUGCCUUUUUCUAAUUAGGCAGUCUAGAAGUAAUGAGCUGACAAAAUAAUAGGUGUCAGCAUGUGUAGUUGCUACUGAAGUAACACUUAAAUUUGCUUGGUGUUGAGAGUGUUUCCUAGACUUUUUUAGUAUAGCAUUGCAAAUACAGCAUUUGUUUGACAGGCUGGUUUAGUUUAGGGUAGCUCACACUUUUUUUAAGAUUUUUUUUAAAGCAAAGACUUAAUGCAUGUUCCUGCAGCUUAAAUUCUAAAAUUGCCACUUGAAAGUUUUUUAUUGCCAUUUUAAAGCGUAGAUAAAAUUACUUUAAACUGUCUUCAUAGAAUGUACCUUUAAAUUAUAUGAGAAAAGGAGUUCAGUGUCUUUAAAACUUUGUGGCUGAACUUUUCCUGGCCAUGAUAGAUGUGCAUAGCUGACCUCAGCACAGCAGGGAAGGACAGCUUAAAAUUGCAAGUUUUUCAUGUGUACUCCCUGUGGGAUUCCACAAAGUAAAACCUAAAGGGCUUUACUUGAACACUUCAUUCCUUCAGUAGAUAAUUAGCAAUUCAAUAUUUAAUGUGGAGAGGUGUUCCCUUCUGCAGGAGAGAGUCCUAGCAAAGUGAGGCAGCCUGGGUUCCUCUGCCCAGUGUUUGUGGUCUAGUGGGGUGUGAUUGGUUUGGGUUUUUAAUUCUCUCUCCCUGUGCUCUGCUGCCAAGGCUGGAGGGGAGAACUGUGGGUGUUCAAGAAGUGAGAGCACAGGGAAAGUGAUAACAGAUCUACUCCUGCACAGAUAAAUCCCUGGCCUCAGCAGGAUCCCAGUGGUGGCACAAAGAGCAGAAUUCCUGUGCUUUGUAGGAUCUCAGAGGGUUGGUGUUUGACUGUUGAGCUGAUCUCAUUUUGGGUUGAUUUAAUAAACAACUAAUUCCCACUUCCUGCACAAAAAUAUUCUUACCUAGGUCAUUGCUUUAUUUAUAACAGGAUCAGUUUUUCAAAAUAAUGCAUUUUCCUUCCUCAUUUAAAACAGAGGCUCUGGCUUGUAUUACACAUUCACAAAAUAAACUGUGAAGUCUAAUUUAAUAUUUCUUAGAUUCCUCUCGAUAGCUUAGAAAAUGAGAAACCAAAGUACACUGAGGAAGGUGAUAGUGCUAGAGAGCUAAAGCAGAGCAGCAAUGAAGGAAUGAAAGAUGCUGCUUGUCAGGUUGCACUCUAUAAAACGUGAUUGGAAAGUCAAUAUUUUCCCCCUUCAUUAAUAAAAGGAAUUUUAGAAGUCCAGCUGAUUACUAGAAGAGUUUGUUUUUUUUACA